UCAGAUUAUCUCACAUUCUGGACAAAGUCCAUUCAUCAAUACAGCAGUGAAAAGGCUCCUGUUUUACUGGUGGGCACUCAUGCUGAACAAAAGACAAAGGAGGAGAAAGAAAAGUUUUUCCGUGAGAUAUGGACGAGCUUGGAAACAAAGGAUGCGUCUCUGCAAAGGCAUUUUGACAGGAAAAGGAUGUUUGCUGUUGGAUUCCACGAGAAUGAAUGUAUUGAAAAAAUCAAGCUGUCAGUUGUUGAUGUUGUCCAAAAACUUGAUCACUGGGGUGAAAAACUUCCACACUCCUGGGCAUUGUUUGAAAAAUUCUUCCAGGAAAAGAAAAACCCUAAAAUCAUCAGCAAAGAGACACUUUUGGCUUUCAAUGAAGCAUUGCCACAAGAAUUGAAGUUGGGAACACAAGAAGAUAUUAACACCAUGCUGCAGUUUUUCCAUGACAUCAGAGAAAUUUUACACUUUGACCAAGAAUCCCUCAGAGAAAUCAUAAUUCUUGAUGUUCAAUGGUUUGCAGAUGCAUUCAAAAAUGUCAUCACCGAUAAAAACCAUGCAGCAGAGGAUCUAUUUAAGCUUGCCUCACAAUGGGAUAAAUUUAAUGAAACAGGAGAACUCAGUGACACCUUGCUGUCUGCGAUAUGGGAAAUGAACAACAAUGGGUACCUUGAACACAAAGAUGAUAUCAUGCGCUACAUGGAAAAGCUUGGACUCUUGGCUAAAAUGGAAGACAACAAUUGGUAUGUUCCCUGUAUGAACAAAAGACCGUUUCCUGUACGCAGUUUUUCAUCCUACCCUGCCUCAUCCAUCCUCUGCUACAUGUUUGAUGUUCUUCCUGCUGGAAUUUUUCAGCGUCUUGUUGCAAGUUGCGUGCAAUUUCGAUGGAAAAUUGUCAAAGUAAAUAAAGAAGGAAUGGAACAACCAUGCAUUUACCAGACAGCGGCUGUGUUUCUGUUCGAGAAACACUGUGUUCUGCUUGGAAUGACCCAAUCAGAAAUUCAGUUGCAGGUGUACGUAAUUGAGGGAGAAGUUGAUAUACCCACAUGUAUCAAGAUAAGAGAGAAAAUUGAAGAUGAAUUGCACACUCUGUCCUCUACAUUUCAAAGAAACUUGAAAUUCCAAAUUGGCUUUAAAUGCAAACCCAUCGGCUUUUGUGACAGUAAAAAAAGUCACGUGAUCAAGGAAUCUGAGUUAACGGAGCCGACUCUUCUCUGCCCUUCCUGUCCUGUGGAGAAAAAGCACAAUAUUGACUCGACAGAAAUCCUCAAAUACUGGAAACAGAUGAAGACAAGCCCUUCUACAACUCCAAUCGCCUCAGGACAAGACCUGGGGGACCAAUCUAGAUUUGCAAAACUCGGAAUGGCAACAAACGAUGUGUUGAAUCAGGCAUACAGAGAUAUUCUGGAGAUGGAGGUACAACCUACCGACAUUGAAAACACAGUCAAAGCAUCACCAGUUUAUAAAAGGUUGCGUCCAGAACAAGAGUAUAUCUUGCAGGAUGCUAAAAAUUCUGGAUAUAAAAAUUUUGAUAUCUCAUUAACAUACACAUUGAUCAGAAACAUUUGUAAAAAGGUUCCUAAACCAACGAAAGGAAAAUGGGGAGACGAGCCUACAGCAGGAGAAGUGACCGUGGGUGAUGAUAUCGAAAGAAUUAGGUCAAUCCGGAACAGUUUAACUGCACACAUGAGCUCAGCCUCCAUAUCAAAGUCAGAAUUCCAGAAAACCUGGUCCAUUAUCUCAGAUAUCUGUCAAAGAUUGGAAAUUUAUACUGGAAAGAAGUAUUUGGAUGACCUCAAUAAAAUCCAAAAAAUGACUGAUGAGAAUGGAAGAUGA